AUGAAGACUCGCGAUCGUCGGGUGAAAUCAGUCUCCCAAAGAAAAACACAAGACAAAAAAGGUACGCAAGAAAUAUCCCGUGGCAGCAAGCGGGAUAGGACAACUGGAACGGCUCACAGUGGCGAUACUCAAGGAAAAUCACACGCGCGUGCUAAGAGAUCCGGUGUGGAGGCUGUAAAACUACAUCUCAAGGCAACAGGGGACCCUGGAAGGACUUCACGAUCUGCAACUGCGGCGAUACGUAUAAAAGUUCGUAAAACUAGCGUCCGAAUGACUGCGAUAAAGGAAUAUCCUUUCGACCUGAGUGAUCUUCAGAACCAGCCAGUUGCUGGUGAAGAUAAACCUUCUGCACUACAGCAGAUCACAGUUCCCACGCGGAAAAAAUCAAAACUCUCGGUCGGCUCCCAAGACGGGAAGAGAAAAGUAUCCAUAAUGGCCGACGAAUCUAGCAAAGACCGAGAAAAUCUGCCAUCUGAAAGAGAAAGGAAUGGCAAUGUAUCAGCUAAAGCGGAAGGGCCUUCGCGGCGCAAAAGCAAUCUUCACAAUGUCAUGGCAGGAGAUAUGGAUAACUCUUGGGAUCGGCAGGGACACAUCGAAGGCAGAUUUAAGAAAUAUUCCACCACAUCCUCUGUCUACUCAAAGAAAGCAAUUUCACAGCAAAGUGAAUACAUAGAAAGGUCUUGGUGGUACGCUUGUUGUGCGAAGUGUCAUACAGAGGAUUCCGGGAUUCCUUCGUGGGAACCACCGAAUUGGCAGAAAGUCUGCCCUUUUCCACUAUGUCCAUCCUACCGACAAUUCGCACAAAAUAUUUCAGUAUUAAUUAUUGGAAUUUUGGUCUGGGUGACUAUAUGGAUCAUUAUGGGCGACACGGCAGCACCUGGUGGACAGUUGUUUAUGUUGUCGAUACUAACUAUCGUCGCGUAUUUUGGAGGCAUGUUAUUAAUGAAACUUACUACGCUACCAGCGCUCAUCGGAAUGCUUUUUGUUGGAAUAAUUAUGAAAAACAUAGGCUUUGUCAACUUUGACGAAGAUUACCAACAUGUUACAUCUUAUAUAAGGAAAAUUGCUUUAACAAUUAUUUUAACAAGAGCUGGUUUGGAUCUAGACCCCAUUGCCAUGAAGAAACACUUCUUUACUGUCGUCAAGUUAGCCUUAGUACCUUGGACUUUUGAGUGCUUGCUCUGCGCAGUACUAGCGUUCUUCUUCCUUGGACUACCUUGGGACUGGGCUUUCCUGCUAUCUUCCAUCGUAGCAGCAGUGUCACCGGCGGUGAUCGUUCCAUGUCUAUUUCGACUCAGAGAAAAGGGUUACGGUGUAUCCAAGGGUAUACCCACACUGGUGCUGGCCGUGUCUGGUGUGGAUGAUGCGGCGAGUGUUGCCGUUUUCGGCAUCAUCUUAUCCAUCAUGUUCUCUACUGUUUCAGUCACAAUGAAUAUUAUUCAAGGCCCUCUGAGUAUAAUCGGUGGCAUUGUAUUGGGCGUAGUGUGUGGUUACUUAGUGAAAUAUAUUCCUGAACGCAACGACGCCUUUCUUGUACCUCUGAGAGUUCUUUUGAUUCUUAUCGGCGGUCUGGCAAUGGUACUAGGAUCUGAAGAAAUUGGUUGGGGUGGCUCUGGGCCCUUAGCUGUGAUUGCUUAUUCCUUCUUUGCCUGCAAAAAUUGGACAGAACUUGGUUGGGAACUAGAAGAUAAUCCCGUUGCAACAGCUUUCGAAGUCUUCUGGAUGUUCUUUGAACCUAUGCUCUUCGCUGUUACUGGUGCGCAAGUAGUUAUUGUAGAGCUAGAACCUCAUUUGGUAUUAGUAGGCGGAGGUAUACUGGUCGCAUGUGUGGUUCUACGUGCCAUAGUAACCAGUGCCUGUGCUGUUCGAAGUAACCUUAAUAUGAAAGAAAAAGUAUUCGUGGGUCUGUCAUGGAUGGCCAAAGCCACAGUACAGGCAGCAUUAGGCCCCGUGGCAUUAGAUGAAGUCCGCAAGAUGGCUGGCAUAGAGCCGGAUCCAGUGCUGGUAGGAUAUGCUGAAACUGUUCUCACCGUUUGCAUAAUGUCUAUUGUCAUCACGGCACCAAUUGGAGCUAUCAUCAUCACUCUCAUGGGCCCUAAACUACUUUCCAGAACAACUAAGCCGCCGGUGCUAGAAGGUUGGCGCCGAUCUCACCGUCCGUCUAUCCGUGAUAUUUCAAUUAUCGACGAGGAAGAAGUCGCAGAACGCGAUGCCGAGGCUGAAGCACAGACAUCAGUCCCUGGCAGCCCAGCAACACCUGCUGCAUACAGCACGCCGGCACCCAUCACCGUUCAACCCGCAAACCACUCUUAA